CGACCGAUGCGCGCCAAUAAUUGUUUAUCCUCCGUCCGUCGUUCGUGUGUUGUGUGGCCGCUGCGAAAGUUUUGUAAUUGCGUACUAUAACCGUGAAAUUCAGCUUCUCUUUAGUGCUUCUGACUAUCGAAGAACACCCAAUUGAAGUCUUCGGUGCAGCCUGCUGAUCCGUUGUCCUCAAGAUUGAAGUUUCGCAAACUGACGGGAAACGAUGAACGCACGCCAGCGAAUGUUCGUUGGAAGCGAACUGUACGAUCCUCUUCGCAAAGCUUUGCAGUCCGGUGGUGCCGGUGAGGAAGUUGACGGCCUAUUGGUCCAACUUGAGCAUGCAUGCUGUUCCUCCGCAGCGCCUACCGGCAUUCGCACACACGCUACCAAAAACAACAUCGGAAAGGAUGACCUGAAAUUCUGGCUCGAGGAUGUAGGUCGUUUGAUGUUUGAGGCAAAGUCGACAAACACAAGGCAGCUUGCUUUGAAUGCGCUGGAGGCGGCAGUGAACCACAUUAAGGCCACCCACUACCAGGACCACUCAUCGUGGGGUGAGAUGCGCGAAAUCGUCAGCAAGGAGUACACAUCCUUGCUGGACACGGCACGAAGCGAAAAGGACCCCAACUGGCAUCGCAUUUGGUCGGUGCUGGUUCGCAUUAUAGACCGCGAGCUUUGCCAGGGUUCGUCAAUCAUCAACAUGUUUUUAUCGAUCGUUGAGGCGGGAUUCAGGUCACCGGAGCUGUCGAUCCGCGAACAAUCGUUUGACUGUUGGCGGCUGUUGGUCGAGAUUUUUGCCAACAACAAACAGAUAAACAUUCCCAAGCGGGUGAAGCUGAUCUGCAUUCCGCUGAAAAGCUCCAAGUCAAAGACGGAAACGAUCGCGAUGAAAAAGUUUGACAUCUGGUGGUUCCUUUUGAGCCAACUGCGCCCCCAGCUGGAUGCUAUGGCAGACACCAUAUUUGAACCGUUCAUAUACUUUUGCUUUGGGCCUUCGUUUAAGACGCCUUUAUGCUACUACUUUGACCCCUCGUUCCAGGAGCUGGGUGCUCCGGGAAAAAUGUACCAGUCUAUUAAGCAACUAUCAGCAAUUGCUUUAAUACAUCUGCUUGGCCCCGCCCCGGCUAUCACGAGAUCGUUGGUCACAUCGCCGGACAGUGGGGGUUUACAAUUACCGUUUGAUUUUCCCGAAAGCGGCAUGGCUAUAUCGGACACACUUUUCUCGGCCAAAGCCAGAUUGAUUGUCGAUUCGUGUACGGAGUGCACGGUACUGUUGGCGCAGAUGAAUCAUCUUGACUAUCUGCAGAUUAAUAGAUGCCUCUGGAACAAUCUGAUAAGGCGGGCCACUGCCGCGACAACAGUGGCGAAAAAUGACAUGUUACAGUGGAUUAAAGAGGAUAUGAGCGCCCUUUUAAAACUGUGUUUACUUCAGGACGGUGACAUGGCACUCCGCGAUUUGCUGUACGAUACGCUACUAACCAUCGCGCAAAGCGAUCUAUUCAAGGUGAAUGUUGGGUAUGAUUCACCGGAGCAAUUGGUGUUUAAUUACAAGACUUUGAUGCCACUGCUACUACACCCGCAACUUCCUUGUCCGGUAGAAAAAUCGGAACCAAUAGUGAAAUGUUUGUUCGAUCUGAAUAGACACACUGGUCCAAGCGCCUAUUGGGAUAUACUUCACAAAACGAUCCAGUACAUUUGCCACGAGGAUGAUCACAGCGGAAACAACAGCUCAGACGUUCGCGCAAUAAGGUCCCAAAUCUACACACAGCUAGGCAAUCAUCUGACUGUGCAAAUACGAGACGAUAUGGAAGGGUUUCUGCAGCAUCAAACCACGGUGAUGAGUUUCCUGCUGUAUCCGUUGGAAUACGAUCAGCUGCUGUUGAUCGACAGCGUGAAAAAACUGUGGAUGGCAUUAUACGAACCAAUUGCGAAGCAAGAAACGAAUACCUGCGAGUUCGUAAAUGCAUUCUGUGAAAUGAUCAAAGCCAUGACCAUUGCCAAACAUGGCUACAGUACGGCGGUAGUGGCCGACUCGAUCUGCUACAUAAUGCGAACACUACCAGACAACUUCGAACCUGCCAGUUCGCCCGUAAAAGUAUUGGAGCUGUUUAAAGAUGUUGCACGAAAGGGCCUGGCCUAUAAAUCGAAUCUCGAUCGUAUUGAGUCGAUGGUGUGCUGUUUUGGCGAGCUGUUGGAAAGGUUAAACACUAAUAACGUGCUAACUCUGAUUAUGCCGAUAAGAAAUGCUGUAAACGAACUAGUAUCGAGCGAACAUGGACUGCAGAUGGGUGAGGUUAAGAAGAUGCUUAAAGUAAUAUCGAACAAAAUGAUCAUGUCGGAAAUGUCGAAAGAGUUGGCCGUCCAAUCGAGCGAUGUUAAAUGGAACUGCAAACUGUUGCUGAAAAGCUUGCUGAACUUGUCGGACGAUGUGAAGAAGGGUUGGAAGGUAGCAGAAAUGAAAAAGCUUAUGAAUGCUUGGGAGGAUAAAGCUGGGAGCAAUAAAACUCCCAAACGCAACGCCAAAGGAGAGGAGUUUGUGGUGAUAGAGAAGGUGUGGAAGUUUAAGCCAGAAACGCUCACCGAACAUCAGCGUGAAAAAAUGAUGGAAAAGCGGACGGAUAUUCCCGCACUGUACAACGAUAUGAGCCAAUCGCAGGAUAGCUUUGUCAUAAAACCCUGGACACCGAGCAAGGGUGUCCUUCCCCUGAAGCAGAACGCUUUGGCUGGAGUUACUGUGCCGGAUAGUGCUACGACACAAAUGGAAACUGACAGCAUCGUGUCGCAGGAGCCUGGCGAAACUGUUGCUAUAGAAACCGAAGCACCCCUGUCAAUUUCUACUAAAUCUGCAAGUGAAUCUAAGCCCGACACGAAUCGUUCCGACAAAGAAAACAACAAUGGAAACGUUGUAAAGGAAGAACCACAGCUAACGACAAAGCAACAGCAAGAUCAGACUGAAUCGGAAGAGGAUAAGAAGCAGCAAAAUCACAAAAAAAAGAAAACGGUUCUUGAUAAGUUGCGCAUCGAUACGGUUGAAGGCAAAAGUUUGGAUGUUAUGAACUUGUCACGCACGAGACGUUCCGAGCUACCGGAAAAGAGGGCCACACGGCAGAAGAUGAACUCGAGUCAGGUGGUUGAAAGCGAGAAGAAGCGCAACUCUAUCACAAAACCCAAGGUGGAGCAGAAAAGUGCGUCUACCUCCAAAAUACCAGCGGUGAAAGGUUUGCAGCAAAAAGAGAGACGAAGGUCUAGAAAGUUACUUAACUUCGAGCAUCAUGAGAGUACCGUUCCCUCAACGGAAUCAACCGACAUGGACCAGGCUAAUGUUUCCGGUGACGUCAUUGAAUCCUCUCAAUCUGACUCUUCAGAAGCCGCGAACCGGAGAGCAUCAUUCGUAAAAUCUAGGGCACCGGAGGUUGGAGCAAAAAGCGAAGAUGUGCCGGAUGCGUGCACGACCACAACGCAAACGCCGAAAGAAAGCGUAGAAAAUACAGACAUUGAAGAAACACCAAGCGUCGAGCGAAUGGAUGUCGAUAAUGGAACGCAGAGCGCGAUUACUGAAGUUAACGAUAUUCAGCCUGGUGUGCAAGAAGUCUCCGACAAAUCUGAAGUGCCGGAACAACAGAGCGUAGCAGAGCCAAGAGCAGCGGAACAACCAGCAGCCAUGUCAAAUGAAGUAAGCACUGGUGCACAGCCUGCCCAAGCGCCCCCAAAAAGUCCCAACAUUCUCUUGUCGCCCAGCAGGCGCUUUGUACGGCUAUCACUAGAUGAUAGUAACAAAGUUGGCCAAAUCCUUUCACCCAGAAAGGGAACCGACAAUAAACUGCUGUCGAGGUGCUUGUACAGUCCUUCGAAGACGAUGCUUCAGGCGGAAAAGAAAGACAAGGGUUCACCUUCGACAAAAACAAUAGCGGCCUGUGACGAUGCUAUGCGCGAAGCGUUAAAAAUCGCCGGAACAGCAAACGGGGACACAAAUGCAAGAGAGGUGUCCAGUUUGGUUGAAAACUGCAGCGGGUUGUCCAGCCCGAAGGUGGCGCGUUUCCGACCAUUAGUCGUAGUGGAACCGAUCAUGGAUAUCGCAAAAACAUUGCAGGACGAUGCAGAACAUCAAAUGGAAGCAGUCUCUCACCCCAUCAUUAGCAUGAAGAUAGAUUCCAAGGAACAUGACGAGCACCAGGCUGGCGAUAGCAGCACACUACAACCCUCAACUUCCGAGCAGCAUCAUCCACCAAUUGUUGAGCCAUCUACAAAUGUCUUAGAAUCGGUUGAAGAUAAAGCGGCUCAGCCGGCACUACCUUCAGAGCAAACCGCUGGCGAACGGUCCGUUCUCAGUAUGGAUCAGCUUUCGCCGGUAAAGAAUCUGGACGAAGAGAUGGAACCGUUGAAUAAGUCGCUGAAUCGUAGCAUAGUCUCAUCGCCCGAUCGUGCCGGUGAAGAGGAGCGGAAUGCGGAUCUGCUUAACAGCACGCUGAAUAUUUCGCCGAUAUCGGAGGAAAAAGGUUCGAUCGCUAAAGCUGCCGAUAGCGGAGAGCUGGCCGGUAGUGCAGACAGCAGACGCACGUCCAAUAGAAUCGUGGGAAGAGAACGGGACACGAUGCCGAACGCAACCAACGCUACUCCGGUGCAUUCAGCUGCUUCCCGGCGCUCGAAGGCUAGCCCAACUCCGCAGACACCAUCGGGAUCGAACAGUGCACUGAAGACUCGCACACACCUACAGUCGUCCUCUGUAUUGCAUAGCCCCAGAACAAAUAUGAUGGGGCUCGGUGGGCGUGGUGCACAGCUCAUUAAUUUAAUCCGCAACCAGCAAAACGACCAAUCUCCCAAACCAAACACACCUCCACAAAAUGCGUCAACACCGAAGGUAGGCCAAGGUUCCGCCAAUCGUUUAAUGAUGCGUAAAAAAGCGAUUGUCGGCAAUGCAACAACCGCAUCGGCUAGCGAAGCCACUCCAGGUUCGGAAGCGAUGAAACAGAGUGAAGAAAAUGGCCAAGAGAAGGGUACGCAGUAUCUGUUCUUUUCUAAAGCACUGCCUUCGCCGCUAGCCUCGCCUGCUAGCAGCAUACUGAAACGCAAGCACAACCAGGACGAGAGCGGCGGUGACGAUAUCGAAUCGCCGAUCAACAAGCGCAAACGCGUCAGCUUUCACGAUCCUCCGGUUUCGCUCACCAAAGAAUACAUUCGACAGGUAGAAGAGUGUCGCCCGGUCUCUGUGAGCCGCAGUCUGCAGCUGUCCAGUAGCAUUACGUCCUCAGCAGAUAGGGCAAAGUUCAUGAUGCGACGAAAAAGCAAGUCGGAUAGCAUUACCGAGCUGCAGCACUUUACCACUAAGCAGGAGCAUUCAUCAAAGGACGGAGAAUCGACUGCCGGUCAGGGCAGCGGUAAAGCCGUUGACGAGGAUAUGGAAGAAGUGGAAUUGACAUCUUCGCCGGAAUCGUUGGACGAGCAUGAAUUUAUGAUGCACGAUGGUACCGACAACAUGACCACCUUGCAGGUAACAUCGGACUGUACGGACAUGAGCCAGGGUGAACCCUCGAACUCGGGAAUGUCGGAAUGUGAAACUCCACUCGAAACCGAGCAACAAGCCGCUACUGCUACGGUGAACGAAAAACCGCACGAGUCCCCGAAUCAAAUACGCUUUUCAUCGGAGGACGCUCUGCUGGAGCACGUCCUAAACCGUUACACGCUCGAUGACAUCUUUGAGCGCUACAUUUCCGCCGGAAAAACGCUGGAAAAGGCAAAAAGUGUUCGCACCCUCACGAAGGAACUGUCCACCAAAAUGUCGGACGAUCCCAAGAUCCGCGACGUGGUGCUGGACGAACUGUCGGAGCGCCAUUCGGUCGAGUUUUUGGAUCACGCUAUACAGGAAAAUUCCAAUGCGAAGGUGUGUGAACGUUUGUCGGCGAUCACCAUGAUGGACCAUGUAUUCAAACAGCUACACGCGACCGAUCACGCAGCUGAAGGCGCAACCGAGAAGGAAGAUACAGCGCGCGUGAUGGAAACCAUUUUCGAGAAUUUGCUUAGCUUACCGGGCACGGAAACGGACGGCCAAAAGCUAGCCGAGCUUCGAGAACAAUUUCUACGGAAGGAACUGGCGCGUAAAAAUCGUUUGGAGAUCAUGUCCCUGCUGGAAAGUUACUUUAAAGCAUCGCACACGAUGUGAGCGUAACGGAGAUACUGUACUGAUCAUGUAUUGACCAACUAUUUCUUUUUAAUGUCUAUUGAUGAAUGGUACUACUAUCCGUGGAUCGAUGACUUUAACGAAAUGUUUAAUGUUUAUUUAAAAUUACGCCAUCUACGUUAAGUGUCUAAUUGUACUAUUUCCGUUCUAACACUAUAGUUUGAGGAGGACGAUGAUUCGCUUUGAACGACACGAUAAUUGACGUCAUGAGAAUAUUGUACAAAUGUAAAGUACUGAGUAAUGAUGAUGAAAGGUUUAAGAUAAGCAUUAUGAAUGGUAGUUCGUGUCGUGUUUCCUAGUAAUUGAAAAUAGAUUCCAACUAAUUUAAAACAAUGUUUGAAUUCGUUACAUUUUUUGGUAUAUAUUGCAAAUUUUUCGCUUUGAACUCUUUCAGCUCCUUCUCUAAAGUUAAAAAUGUUGAGGCUAACCUUGUUUGGAAUUACUGUCAAUUGUUUCGAUCGUCGAUAGGUGGCGUAAAAUUGUCUUCGGAAGAAAAACACUUGGAAUUGACUACUAAAACCGGAGAGCUACCAUUUCAUUGCUAUAAAUGGCAUAGUUAUAACGCUGUUCAAAAGAUCACGAAUUGCAUGUAGGUACUAUUGUAGAAAAAUAUAACUAAGAAAUCAAUAAAAAUAAAGAACAAUGAAACAUGUG